ACCCGGAAGUAGUGCCCUUUUUUACCCCCCCUCUGAUUAACGUUUGAACAGACGAGAAUGAGCAAUUUAUCCGGCGAGGAAACGAGUAAACGCGAUGCUGCUUCCACCGUGCAGACUUUAGGGGUCGUAUCCGCGUCGUAAUCGUCGGCGGCCGGAGCAGCUCGGAGGCGGUGCAGGCGGAGCAGCUACGCCCUGACGCGUGCCGCUGCCGCGUCGGAGGAAAAAGAUCCGCGCUCUGUUUACAAAUCGGCGAGAAAGUGUGUUUCCCUGCAGAGUGUCGACAGAUAACCGUGCAGUUGUGUGUUUUUAUUAACAGACAAAGACAGACAAAGGGAGAGAAAAAAAAUAAAAUGGCUGAACUGCAUGCGGUGGAGCCGAGCGGCACCAGCACCAUCGAGCAGCCGGAGCACCACCGCGAUGUUCGCGGCUCUCUGCGCCUCGCUUCGCCCACCCUCAUGGUGCCUCCGCGGAGCGCACAGCUCAGCCCCGGCGGGGUGUCGAGCGGCAGCGGCGGGGGAGGAGGAGGAGGAGGGCGCUCGGUGUUCGGGUUCCCCGCGAGGAGCAGCCCGAGCUCCCCGUCAGAACCGGGGGAGAAGCCCGGUUCGCGCUGGGUUCGGCUGAACGUCGGCGGGACGUACUUCAUCACGACGAAGCAGACGCUCUGCCGCGACCCCAAGUCGUUCCUGUUCCGGCUGUGCCAGGAGGACCCCGACCUGGACUCCGACAAGGACGAGACAGGCGCCUACCUGAUCGACAGGGACCCCACGUACUUCGGCCCGAUCCUCAACUACCUUCGGCAUGGGAAGCUGAUCAUGGAUAAAAACCUGGCAGAGGAAGGCGUUCUGGAGGAAGCAGAGUUCUACAACAUCGCGUCUCUGGUGCGGCUGGUGAAGGAGAGGAUACGGGACAACGAGAACCGGACCUCUCAGGGUCCCGUGAAACACGUGUACCGAGUACUUCAGUGCCAAGAGGAGGAGCUCACACAGAUGGUCUCAACCAUGUCGGACGGCUGGAAGUUUGAGCAGCUCAUAAGUAUCGGCUCCUCUUAUAACUACGGCAACGAGGACCAGGCAGAGUUUCUAUGUGUAGUCUCUCGGGAACUCAACAACUCCACCAACGGCAUCGUCAUCGAGCCGACCGAGAAGGCCAAGAUCCUUCAGGAGCGAGGCUCGAGGAUGUGAAGAGACGCCGAGCUAAAGAAACACUUUAUCGACAAAAAAAACAAAACAAAACAAUAAAACGGAACAUUUUCUCCAGUUUUCAUCGAGAUCCACGAGUUUACCGUCCUACCAUCGCAGCCUUCAUCAUCAUCAUCAUCAUCAUCAUCAUCAAACCUCCUCCCCUCCUGUGGUUUGCCGUUCCACAGCGGGGGAUACCCAACGCCUCCCUCUCCUCCUCCUCCUCUUCCUCCAUCAACGACUUCAGGUGGAGUUUAAAAGGGAUUACAAGAGAGCGGUUUUCCUCAAAGCAGCUUUUUUUUCCUUUUGACGGUCAGUGUCACUGCGGCGCUGAUGGACGCCGAGCACAGAGCUGCUACCAGACAUCAUCAUCAUCAUCAUCAUCACUUUUACAUUUGGCUCUGUCGACUCAGCAGAAAUCUCCUCAGGACUCUCAAAGGACAUAAAGGAACGAACGCAACUCCACGGAUUGAGCCUCUUUAACCUGCUGAUGGAGUGAACGCCCGCCGCCUCUCUCUCUGUGCACUCCCAGAAUCCUCGGCUAGAUGUCGAAGGAGGAGUCCGAUCGCUGUGUUUGAUCAUUUCAUCUUUUAAAAAACACCUUAAAGGAGUAACGAACCGCGCCAUCCUCCUCCUCUGUUUCCUGCUCACAAGCUCCAUUCGGUCGCUCCUCCUCUGGUUGGAGACAUUUUGGGAUAUUUCCGCGCAAAAAAAAGGAAAACAACUGACUCAAAAAAAAAAGACUGUACAAUUUGUCAAGGCAUGUGAGGAAUCUAUAAACAUCUAUAUAGGCUACAUGAUGAAAUAAUAUGAAAAUGGUGUAAUUACUGAUUUCUGUGUCAUAGUUGUCAUAUAUUUACAUAUUCUCGGUGGAUGAGUCUAUUUAAACGACGGGAGAAAAAUAUCACGUUUCAUAACCAGAAGGCCCCCCCCCCAAACUCGGUCACAUGGAUGUGAGUACAUGUGUGUGCGGUGCCUCUCUGCUUUUUAAUGUCCACGAAUGAAAUAUCACAACGUUUCUUCAGCUGCACGUUUUCUGUAGUGUUCCUCAAAAAAAAAAAGAGAAAGCGUUUGCUCUUAGAUAUCCUACUUUGAUCUCUUGCAUAUCUUAAAAUUGUAAUAAGGGGUUAAAGGAAAAGUGUCGUUCAGUCCAGACAAUUUUUGUUUUGCUGCCUCAAACACCUAAAGCACCUCGUGCUGAUCUCAUCGCCGCCAUCAGCUCACUCUGUUUUUAGUCCUCAACUUGUGGCUGCAUCGUCUCACGUUCUUGCAGAACUUGUAGCAACUGCUGCGCACGUGCAUAACCGUACUUGUCACGUUUAAAAGAUACCUGAGCCUACGUCGACGGAGAGAUUUACAGACUGUCAGCGAACCUGCCACAAGGUGUCCUCGAGCAACGCCUUUAUAUUUCAGAUGUUAUGUGAUGUUGUUUUUGCCCUGCCAGCAGAUAGAAAAUAACUUGGCUGAAGUUCAAGUUCCUCUUGAAAUAUAACUGACAUUAAGUUGCAGUGUGAUAGAGCUGAUUUUAAGACUUGUAACAACAUUGAAAACAUAUAAACUAUCCUCUUUUAUAACCGGCACACUGAACUUAUAGUGAAACUAAACGAUUAUCAGGCUGAAUAUGUUCAAGUUUUCAAAUUAUUCAUUGUGAAAUUCUCUUUUUUUGUGCAGGUAAAACUGAAUUUGCUGCUACUUCAAAUGUGCAUUUAAAAAAACUGAAGCAAGCUUUAAGUAGCUAAAGCUGGAGUUAAAUGACGGAUUAAUAGAUUAACAGAAACUAUAUCUGCAACUGUAACUUAUUUUCUCUGUUUUAUAUCAUUGUCUAUUAAAUAUCUUUAGGGUUUGAAGAAACCGGGGAAAAUGUGACAUUUUACACAAUUCAGACGCUUUUUAGAAUAAUCUAUUAAUCGAGUUUGUUGAGAAACUAAUCCGUAAAAUCAUCGUUAGUUGCAGCCAUAGCUGUCAUACAACUGUAGGGCUGCAAAUAAUGAUUCCUUUUUAGCUAAUUAGUUCAGAAAAACGUGAAAAAUGCAAGUUCCUAGAGCCCACGGUGACGUCUUCAAAUAGUUUUUUCCUUCAAUGAACACCAAAAAUAUUAACUUACAUUGAUAUAAAACAGAGAAAAAGUAAAAAUCUCAACAUUUGGAAAAACUGAAACCAUUGAAUUUUUGCCGGUUGAUUGAUUUCUGCUGAUUGAAUCAUUGAUUUUUUUUAAACCCCCACAUGCUACAAAAACACAAUGUUAACAGCCAUCAACGUCAUCACUGGUGUAAACUCAGCCUUGUUAGAAAAGCAACUUAACGCAGAGUUUGAGCCGUAUUUACACAUAUCACAUGGAGAAUUGAAACAUCUCAGACUGAACUCACAUUUUAAGAAAAAAAAAAAAGAUCUUUAAUAACUUUGAAACACAUUUCUUUGUACAAAGACCAUAUUUGAUGCAGUUACGUUAUAUCAAGCAUGAACAAAAAGAAACAAACCUGUACCUGUGCUGUUGUCCCGCUCUUUGAGGCCUCCAAGCUCAAACUUUGAUGUAACUUCUUCUUCGUUGUUUUUUGUUGUUGUUUUUCUUCUCACGUGUGUUUUUGUGCAGUUUCUGCAGUUUCUGCUAAUCUGAGUUGUGAGCUGCUAAAAAUGCCCAAACGUCUCUUUGAGGAGCACUUCUUUUAUUCCCCCCCCUUGUUGUUUCUCCGGGCCUUUUUUUGCCAAGCACCUUGGGUGUUGUUUCCCUUCGUGUGUGUCCAGUGUUGUGCCUUUUGACCUGUGUUGUGCACAGUUGUUCCCCCCCCCCUCUCUUAUCAUUCGGUGCCUCUCAUCCCUUAUAUAAAACAGGAGACACCUCCCUGAGGUAAAGUGUGUAACGCGGUGCUUUGCUGGUUUUCUAAUGUUUGUGUUUUUAAAGAGACGCCGGCCAAACAAACUGAUAACCGGCUGAUUUUUCUUUGUGCCAUUUGCUUUUUGAGCUGAAUCCGUUCACAUCACUCCUCACAGGGAGUUCAAAAAUUGUGUACCAAUCUGCUAAAACCAGUGGCGGUGGUUUGCUUUGUGUUUUACCAGAAUGGGAGGGAGUCAACAGAGCAGAGUUCCCUCCUCUGCUUUUAUCUUAGUAAAACUCAGUGCACUUGUUAUCAGAAAUCAAUUUCUCCUUUUUUUUUUCUUGAGUUGCAUGCUGAAGCCACUUCUGAUGAUCCCAUUCUGUUUAAAUGUAUGUAAUCAACCUUCUUAAAAGCACUUAUACCUGUAAACCUUCAUGGUCCCAGUUGGAUCGUCCCUCGGUUGCUUAUAGUUCAGCGGUUCUCAAACUGAGGGAGCGUCAAAUGAUGGUUAAAAAGAUAGAAAAGCAAAAAAAAAAUGAUGUUAUGUUUCAGUCGCUCUUCUCACUUUUGCUCUUAAGUUGUGUGCAGACGUUCAUAUCCCCCAGAUGUUGAACCCUGCUGACUUUGGGGAUCCUCUGACGCAGUGGUUUUUUUAUUUUGCAGAAAAUAUUUUUUGCAUUUUUUACAUGCAGAAAAAUAUAACGAGUCACUAGCAGAAUAAAAGUGAAUUGGUAGUUUUCAACCAGUUACACAGAGAAUUAAUAGACCAGAAAAAUCCUACACAAGACUGCAAAACAAUUUAAGUGUGACGUUGGCAGUUGCUGUGUGUCCACAUAUUAACAAAAAUAUUUUUCUGCUGCUCUUGAAUUUGAUUUAAAUUGAUGCCCACUUAACAUAUUAUGAUGUUAUGUGUAAAUAAAUAAUCAAAAUCUAGCGUAAGGACAAACUUAAAUCUGUAAUUUUAUUAUAAUAUAUAUUAAGAUUUAACAAACAGAAAUGGUAAAAUAUUGUUUAAAAAAGAUAAUUUCACUAAAUUUAGUCAACAAUUUCAAAGUCCUUAGAGUGUAAUACGUAUAUUAGAAAUAUGUUCAAGUCGUAGUUUAUUUUUUAAAAUUCCCUGCGUAACGUUGUUUGGCCUCCCGAGCUCUGACUUUUCAUCUAGAGCCAACAUGAGGGCAAAAAUGUUAACCGUCCAAACCUUUGUGCUAACAGUGGUGCUAAUAAAUAGAAUGUUAACAUGUUAAAGAAAGAUAUAAGAUGCUGACAUGGCCGAACACUUGUUUUUUUAGAAUUACCGCACAGUUCAACGUCGUUUAGGAGUCAAAUAAAUUAAUGAAAAAUAUGUUUAUAGUUAAACUUGUCUCAGCCAGUUUACGCGUUUUAAAGGGUUAAAGACAAACAGUUUGGGAACCGCUGAUCUUUACAGUGUGUUUAUCUGAACGUUUUGAAUCAAGCACCCAUUUUUUAAAACAAAUAAAAUACCUUUUGACCAUUUAGUUUUUUUACUUUCACCUGCACUAGUUAGUCAAACAGAUUAUGUGCAAUUAUAACAAAUCUGCAAAAAAAAUAGAAAUAAAUAUAUAAAUAUAAAUAUAUCUGUUGUUGGGGCACGUGAAAACACGAGAGCAUGCAUUGUUCUAGAGAUUAUGCCGUGUACUGUGUACUGGAUUUUGUCUGACCUCCGUGUUGGUGCAAAGUGUAUGUGAUGCAUGGUGGGGUGGGGGUGGGGGGUGAUGAUGGUGGGUAGGGGGGCAGUGGGACGGCAUGGCUCUGUGGUUUGUAGGUGUAGAAUUCUUGUGUGGAGCAGUUGGUCUACAGCUAAGACACAUUCUCCACCUCACACGUCACGUUUCUUGGUUGUUUUUUGUAUCUUUGUCACGUCGGUUUAACUCAACUGUAGACGCAGAAAAGCUUUCGAACAAAAAAUGAACAAUCCCAUUUGAUUGCAGACUCCCCCCCCCUCCUCCCCUUUGACCUCUGACCUCGGUUUAUAAAGCAUUUACCGCAGCUCAACACACAAAAAGAAAGAUUUUUUUUUUUUUUUUUUUAAAUCCAUGGAUCAUGUUGCCAGUUAAUCUGUAAACACACUUGCAUGCGUUUGUGGACAUGCACCACUUGUACACUCAUGUAGAGGUAUUGAAAAAUUUCACCUAUUAACCGUUACUUUGUGUUCAUUUAUCAACAGUAUUGAUGUCAAAUGUGAAUAUUGUCAAUGGAGACUGUGGAGAAAAAUAAUGUUUGGAAGCUGACAAAACAUUUUUUUUUUUUGUCCGAUUGUUUCACUUUUAUUUAUUUUAUAUUUUUUUGAAUUUUGUCUACAAAAAUUGUCGUUUCUUUACAUGUGACGAUUUUAACGAAACCCAGUCUGGUUUUUAAUCAUAA